AUGGCGCCUGCAUUGGCGCGAAUACAUCAGCUGGUGGCCAAGAACGCGAAAGUGUUCAAGGCCGCCUGGAAGCAUACAGCGAAACUCGUCCAAGACCAACUUCCGGCAUCUGUUCGACCUUCUCAGGCUGAACUUCAGCCUAUUCUCGCGAGAGUUGCUCCGAAACACCCAAUCCACCGCGUUGCUCUCUUGAAGCAGAGCAAGGGUCGCUGGUACUCGACUCACAGCACUAUCUCAGCAACCGUCCGCCGCUUCACCUCCGCCGCGCGACCUGCUGGACCCAAAUUCGACCGAGCAUCGUUCCCUAAAUCACGGAUCGGCGAUGCAGUCAUUAGACAGUCUGGUCGAGCACCCUUCGCAUCGACACUGAGGCCUAACCUCACCGGUGGUACACUCGGCCGUACAGCCGGCGGCUACGGUUGGGGUUCGGGACGCGCUGGAGGUGCUCGAUACUUCUCGCAUGGGCCUGCAGCACCGGCUCAAGUCAUCACCAACGUGUCACAGGCUGUUCGAGCUUUCAUGCUUGGUGGCCAGAAGGCGCAAUUCGAUGGUGUCGAUCCACGCACGGGAGAGAAGCGCUUCAAGUCUGUCUCGGCACUCCAGGAUAAGGUGAACCGUACACUAAACAAGGCCCCGAAGGCUACGCCAGGCUCCUGUGUCAACUUUAACAUUAACCCCACCGUCACCGCACUCAGUCCCCUCACCGCCGUCAAGGGCUUUUCCUCUUCUUUCGCACAAGAGAAGGACUCGCUCAACAAGGAUGGUUUUUUGGAUAUCCUCUCUGUCGACUUUUCUCGCGCAGUCAAGGAACUCGCAGGCACACUUAAAGACCUCCAGCGCCUGUCAAGCUUGGGUGAUCUUCCUAUAACAUACGAGCAUUCUACACUUAGGGUUCACUUCCCUGGCUGUGACGCAGGUACUGUGGAGAAGAUCUGCGACGAAUUCGGUGUUCAGCGUGGAGUGGUAUCACAAGAUGACGACUUCGACUCCUUCGUCGGGACUGAUAUUGCACUCCUCUUCCCGUUCGCGUCGAGUCGCACACCUUCUGAGUGCUCCUUCUACGAGAAAGAUGUAGCCGAACGCCAAUAUCCGAUCGAUUGGCGGCCGAUGAUGGUCUCGUCCGUAUUGAGCUCUGAUUCCGACCUUUACUCCACACAUUCCGAUGAUGGUCUGGACUUGGGAGAUGCGCUUCAGGACAAUCCUUGGGUGAUAUCAGACGAAGAGGGCUACGAGAGCCUUCAUACCAGCGACGUUGAUGAAUUCGAUCAGCACUCGCCACUGGAGUAUCAAGGCAUUCAGGGCAUAUACAGGUUCAUGGAGCAAUGUGAGUCGAGCUCGUGA